AUCACUCUUGUGAACAACUCAAAGCUUGAAUCCUUAGAUGGCGUUCCGCUUGGUCUUACGCUUAGUAUGCACAUUGAAAAUAAUGCGUUACUUGAUUUGAACUGCGACAAUUUAUUUUGGUAUAAACGAAGGAUUCGAGGGAACAAGUCUAACUGUGGCUGCGAGUUGGAUUUUCCACUCACAAGUGCCAACAUUGACGCAGUCUACAAUGAUUGUAGAUUGAUUUUGGGUGAUUUAGUUCUACGUGGACCAGAUGUUCCUUCUGCAGAGGAACUACAUAGAAAAUUUGGCAAUGCUACGAAAUUAAUGGGAGAAUUAGCUAUUAUUGAUACCAGCUAUGUUGAUCUCAACUUCCUAGAGAGCCUGGAAGAAAUGGAGUUAGCAUACGAUUCGGACGGUAAUUUACAAGGAAAUAGAGGGAAACAGCGCCUUGGAACGUUUGGAAUGGCCACUGAGGGUAAGAGUUAUGUAAUUGAAGUUUAUCAAGAUGGUUUAACCGCAGCUGUUGAAGAACCAAUACUUGCUUUUUUCCAAGGUGACUUCGCCAUGGAAAUGGGUUCACAGUACCGCUCAUAA